AUGGCUUUUUGUAAUCCAGUAAAGUGUAUUCAACCUUCUGAUACAUCUAUCGUAAUUAAUCGAAAACGUUCAAAUACUUUAACUAAGACACUUUUUCAUCGUCAACUUUUUAAAAAAUCUUCAUCUCGUAUUCAAUCUCAAUCACCUAUGCAUAGUUCAGUUAAAAAUCAUUUACAAUCAAAUGCUCGAUUUCAACGUAUCAAAGGAUCUAAUUUUGUCCGAGAAGUUAAUCCAAAUUCCGAAUAUAGUAUUAAAACUGAUUCAACAAAUAAUUAUGAUAUGACUAUACUUCAUGAUGAUCAACUUGAUGAUACUACAUAUUCAGCCGUAUCUCGUCGACGAUCGAAAAAAAUUCCACGUUGGGCUAGAAAAAGUCAACUUCAAUUAGCAUUUAUCAAUCAAAUUUAUUUUAACAAUAAAAAUCCUGAAGAUAUUUUUGGUUCAAUUCAAAUCAAUGCAGCACAUGAAAUGGUUCAAUCAAUUGAAAUUUACAACACAGAAUUUUCUUUAAAUUAUUCUUUUUCAAUGCUCCCUCCGAACUUUGUUUAA